AUGCGAUGUCUGGCUCACCGACCAAGAGGCAUCUCUGCCCUGACCUGCUCCGCCGCCAUCAGCCACUACAUUCGUAACCAAACCCGCCAUCUAGGGUCCUCCCCGAUCCUCAACAAUCCCCUUCAGCAGAUCCCUCUGCUCCCGUCAUGGGAUGCGGAUAUAUUUCAAGAAAGAGCAUAUUUGCCCGCAUUCCCAGCUCGUCUACCACGAUCGACGACCUCUCUACCACCCGCCUGUCAGAAAUGGUUUAUCCACAACGGCGAUCCGGAUUUCAAUCUGAUCACCAGCACCACCAGCCAGAACGACCGAGAUGGCCUCUUGGCUGAGAUUCAAGUUCCUCGCUCUUCCGAGCUGCGCUCUUCUUUCUGGAUCGAGCACGGCACGACGAUUGUGCCUCUGGAACUGACAUUGAACGGUCCUACCACUUCGUCCAGUAUCGUCAAUAUUAAUGAUGUCGAGUCCGGUCCAAGCACCAACCUCGGCGACAAUGCCAACGGUAACACAAACAACAUCGAUGGUGGCACGGGUACCAAUACCAACAAUACCCACGAAUCAUUCCACCGCAUCGAAGCGCCCCUCAACCUACUCCUGACUUAUCUUUCCAGCCCCAGCCCAAGCACCAACACCAAAGCUGCUAUCAAUACCAGUGCAGUACCCAAGGGCAACAACACCAAGCCACCGUCACUAGACCAGCAGUCCUCGCUCUCGCCCUCUCAUUCUAUAUAUCUGGCCCAGUGCGAAAUCUCAUCCCUUCCCGCGUCUCUACAAGAACACAUCCCGACUCCGUCACUAUUGACCAACCCAAACCCAAACCUAAACUCAAAGCGAGGAAGCUCGACCCCGAUCAAAGGCGACAUCUACUCGACCAGUCUCUGGCUCGGUCGACCACCGACAUACACGCCGCUGCACCGCGACCCGAACCCGAACUUGUUCGUCCAACUCGCCGGCCGGAAAGUGAUGCGGUUGCUACCUCCUGAAAUCGGGAACGCGGUGUUUGCCGAUGUUCAGAAUCAGAUUAUUAUAGCAUCCUCUUCUUCUCCGUCUUCACCGUCGUCAUCUUCUGCGUCGACUUCAUCGGCGAUCAGAGGCGAAGAAAUGAUGGCCGGCCCCGAAAAGGAACUCCUCCACGACGCGGUAUGGUCAGACACCGACACCGGCCCCGACACCCAGAACCGGUACGCCCAUGUUCUCAAGACCUAUGGCUUCGAAGUCGAGCUUGGGCUGGGUGAGGGCCUCUUCAUCCCAAAGGGGUGGUGGCAUAGCGUGAAGGGGGUCGGGGAGGGCGUGACUGCCAGUGUUAAUUGGUGGUUUCGAUGA